GACCACUGCAGUUUGCAUUUGAUUGUCAGUGUGUUUUACGCGUCUCAGAACUACGCAUUUUGGUAUCCAUUUUUACAAGGACAUAAUUCAGUAUGGAGCCUUCAACUAUUAAUGAUUCCGGGAUGAAUUCAGAGGAUCUAUUGAAGUCUACUAAACUUUCUGAGUUAUUAAGACAGGAAGAAAUCGAAGAAAGUAAUCAAUGUAAUAAUAGUUUAGAAAGAACCUUAUGUGCACCAGAAAAAAUCGUCACACGAAAUAAAUGUUAUAAAUGUGGUAUCUGUGAACGUACGUUUCCUGCACUUGAAUCUGUACAAAGGCAUAGCAGGAUACAUACCGGAGACAAACCGUUCAAAUGUGAUGGAUGUGAAAAAACGUUCGCCCAUUCAUCGAAUUUAAUUAAACAUAAAAGGACACAUACUGGAGAAAAGCCGUUUAAGUGUAAUGUCUGUGAACGCAUGUUUUCUUUACUUUCAAAUUUAAAAGUACAUAACAGAACACAUACUGGAGAAAAACCGUUUAAAUGUGGCAUCUGUGAACGUGCGUUUACUACACUUGACUCUGUACAAAGGCAUAGUAGGACACAUACCGGAGAACAGCCGUUCAAAUGUAAUGGAUGUGAACAAACGUUCGCCCAUUUAUGGACUUUAAUUCAACAUAAAAAGACACAUACUGGAGACAAACAGUUUAAAUGUGGUAUCUGUGAACGUGAGUUUACUGCACUUUCAUCUUUAAAUUCACAUAAGAAGAGUGUACAUACUGGAGAAAAGCCGUUUAAAUGUGAUAUCUGUGAAAAAGCGUUUUCUCUAAGUAAAUAUUUAAAACGACAUGCAAGAGUACACACCGGAGAAAAGCCAUAUAAAUGUGAUGUCUGUGAACUUACGCUUACUACAAAUUCAAAUUUAACGAUACAUAACAGAAUACACACAGGAGAAAAGCCAUAUAAAUGUGAUAUCUGUGAAAAAUCGUUUUCUGCACGUUCACGUUUAACAAAACAUAUCAAAAUACAUACUGAAGACAAGCCGCUUAAAUGUGAUGUCUGUUCCAAAACGUUCACUAAACCAUCAUAUUUAACACUACAUAAGACCGUACAGUGCGUGGUAAGCAGUUUGGUUGUCAACAAAUUUAAAAGUUCAUAAAAUUGUACACAUCAAAGAAAUGUUAGGUAUCUAUAAUAUAAGUGUAGCAUCUCUGAUCAAGCGUAUUCAG